UAGCAGAAGACCUGCAGAGUGUGUACAGACUCACCCUGAAGCCCACCAUGGCAUGGAGUAUAUCCACACUCUGUGUUCUGGCUCUGGCUUUGACCUGGUGCCUCCAAGUGACUGCUGUUAGGGUGCGCCGGAGCAACCAUGUCAGCAACAUCUGUAGCAUGUGGGGAAAAUUCCACUUUAAAACCUUUGAUGGAGAUUUCUACCAGUUCCCAGGCAUGUGUGAAUAUAACCUAGUCUCUGAAUGUCAUGGUCCAGUGCAGGGUUUCUCUGUGCAUGUGAAAAGAGCAGAGAGCACUGGGAACCCCCAAAUCACCAGAGUGCUGGUCACAAUCGGAGACAUGGUCAUUGGUCUCACCAAGAAUCUGGUUAUGGUCAACAAUGAUAUAGUAAAACUGCCACACUAUGUAGCAGGGGUGAUGCUUGAAGAGAACCCGAUCUACAUUAAACUUUACGCCAAACUGGGCCUCAGCGUCACGUGGAACAGAGAUGAAGCUAUCAUGGUGGAAUUGGAUAUUAAAUAUUCCAACCGAACCUGUGGACUUUGUGGAGAUUUCAACGGGGUUCCAGUUUUUAAUGAGUUUCUAAGUGACUCUCGUGUAAUUGGCUUCACUGAGUUCGGCAACAAGCACAGAAUCCACAACCCCAAUGAUUUCUGUGAAGACCCUUAUGAGGAAUUUGACGCUGAAACAAACAUUGUUGAAAAGUGCCAAUCAUUUCAAGAAGAAUGUUCCGAGCUUCUCGAGGAUAUUUCCUGGUCUUCCUGUAGGAAUUUUUUGAGUCCCGAGCCUUAUAUUCAAUCCUGCAUGAGGGAUAGGUGCAGCAGUCGCCCAGGGGACAUUGAGGACACUAUGUCUUUCUGCAACACUCUGUCUGAGUACUCGCGCCAGUGCUCUCAUGCUGGAGGAAGCCCACCCAACUGGAGAACACCAACCUUUUGUGCCGUGACCUGCCCAUUUAACAUGGAGUACUCUGAGAGUGGUUCUCCUUGUUUGGACACCUGCACGCACACAGAAACCAGCUCACUGUGUGAUGAACAUAAAAUGGAUGGCUGCUUCUGCCCACCUGGAACGGUGUUUGAUGAUAUCUCUGAGAGAGGCUGUAUCCAUCAGGAGCAGUGCCAGUGUAAGCACAACAAUGUGUAUAACCCAGGAGAGUUUCUGCUCAAGGACGAUGAAGAAUGUGUGUGUGAACAGGGACAGUGGAUCUGUGAAAGUUUGUCUACUUCCUCUGUAUGUGCUAUGGAAGAGGGUUCCCAUUUCAGUACUUUUGAUGGAAAAGAAUUCACCUUCCAUGGGAACUGCUAUUACGUCCUUUCCAAGGACUGUGUGGACUCAAAAUUUGUUAUUCUGGGACAGCUUGUUCCUUGCAUUGCCCAACAUACAGACACUUGCCUGAAAUCACUCGUAUUACUGAUCAACAAUGACAAGAGUAAUGCCUUGGUCAUCAAAGAUGAUGGGAUAAUAAGGCACAAUGGAGAUAUAGCACUUCCUUAUACCACCGCUGAAUUCACCGUAUUCAAACCAUCAUCCUUCCACAUCAUGCUGCAGACCACUUUUGGGCUCCAGAUCCAGGUACAGUUGGUUCCACUCAUGCAGCUCUACAUCACCUUGAAUCAGGAUUUCCAGGCUAAGACAUGUGGUCUGUGUGGUAACUUCAACAUGGUGCUGUUUGAUGAACUGACGACCCCACAAGGUGUCAUAGAAGGUACAGCCACAUCCUUUGCGAAUUCCUGGAAGGUUCAGUCCAAUUGUCCUGACCAAACUGAGAGUCUUGAUGACCCCUGCAGCUAUAGCAUAGACAGCGAGAGCUAUGCAGAACACUGGUGCUCAAAACUGAAACAGAAGGAAGGGGCUUUUGCCAAAUGCCAUUCUACUGUUAACCCAGAAAACUACUACAAGAGGUGUAAAUAUUCAAGCUGCGUGUGUGAAAAGAGCGAGGACUGUUUGUGUGCUGUUGUCUCCUCGUACGUUCGGGCAUGUGCAGCAAAGGGGGUGUUUCUGCAAGCUUGGAGAGACACAGUGUGUGAGAAAUACAGUAAAAGCUGCCCUGCUACCCAGACUUUCACUUACAAGGUUCAGCAAUGCCAGCGCACAUGCGAUUCCCUUAGCUUGGAACGUCAAGGCUGCAGCACUGACUAUGUGCCCGUGGAUGGGUGUUCUUGUCCAGAAGGGCUCUAUGAGAGUGAGAAUGGUGUGUGUGUGCCCAUGGACAAAUGCCCCUGCUAUUACAAUGGAGAGCACAUUAAACCUGGCAAGUCAAUCAACAUCAAAAAUGAUCACUGUAUUUGUACAAACGGAAAGCUUAACUGCCACUCCUGGAGGGAACGUAUUCAAGACUGUCCUGCUUCAAAAGUCUUCUUUAACUGCAGUACAGCAGGACCGGAUGAACAUGGGUUGGAAUGUGCACAAACAUGUGCACAAAAGAAUGUCGAUUGUUAUCUAGCAGAUUGUGAGUCAGGAUGUCAGUGUCCAGCAGGGCUACUCGACGACGGUCGCGGUUACUGUGUGAAAGAGCACGAGUGCCCUUGCAAACACGACAAUAGCUUUUAUGCUCCAGGUUCUCAAAUAAAAGACCAGUGUAACAAAUGCACUUGUAAGCGUGGCGAGUGGGAAUGCACCAAGAAUAAAUGCCCUGGAACUUGUACUAUAUAUGGCAGUGGACAUUACAACACUUUCGACAAGCAAAGAUUUGGAUUUAGUGGAGAUUGUAGUUACAUGGCUCUCCAGAACAAGUGUGGAAAUAAGACGGGGACAUUUCAUGUGAUCAGAAACGUGCCAUGUGGGACGACAGGGACAACUUGUUCCAAAGCUGUUCGGAUUCUAUUGGGAAGCACAGAACUGGAGUUAAGAGAUGGUGAAUUAACAGAAAGUGAAGCUACAAGUGGUGAAUCUAUUAAGUACAAUGUGAGAAAUGUGGGUCUUUACCUGGUCAUAGAGGCUGACAUUGGCCUAACAGUUUUGUGGGACCGUAAAACCACUGUCCGCAUUAUUCUUCAACCCCAGCAUAUGGGAGAGGUUUGCGGUUUGUGCGGGAACUACAAUGGAAAUGGGAAAGAUGACUUCACUACUCAAGGCUUGCUGCAUGUUUCCGAUGUUCUGGAGUUUGUAAACAGCUGGAAAUUACAAAGCCAGUGCCCAGAUGCUAAGCCAGACUUUGAUCCGUGUUUUGGAACACCUAACCGGCACACUUGGGCAAAACUGCAGUGCAGCAUCAUUAAAUCAGUCACUUUCAAAGACUGCCACAAUAAGGUGGAGUGGACACCAUAUUUUGAGAACUGUGUAAAAGACUCAUGUUCAUGUGACACUGGCGGGGACUGUGAGUGUUUCUGCACUGCUGUGGCAGCUUAUGCCCAAGCCUGUAAUGAAGCAGGAGUCUGUGUGGCCUGGAGAACACCAGAGAUCUGUCCUGUGUUCUGUGAUUACUACAAUAACCGCAAUGAAUGCACAUGGCACUACAGUCCUUGUCAUACACCAUGCUACAAAACCUGCCUCAACCCUGGUGGCAUCUGUACCAACCCUAUACCUCACAUGGAGGGAUGCUAUCCCAAAUGUCCAGUUGACAAGCCUAUUUACGAUGAGAAGAAUGAGGUUUGCGUUGAAAAAUGUAACGGAUGCUACAUCAAUGGAACAGAGUAUAACCCUGGGGACAAAAUACCAACUAAAAUACCAUGCCAUUCAUGUUUCUGUAAUACAAAUGGAAAAGAAGAAUGCGUUCCCAAACCUGGGUGCUGCUUUUACAAUGGAAAAGAAUAUAAUGACCAUGAUGUCAUAUACAAUGUAACGGACAACAUGGGAAUGUGCUACUAUGCUAUAUGCAUAAAUAGCACUGUCAUCAAUGGAAGCCAUCCCUGCCCAGAAACCACCACAUUACCACCAACUAUGUCAACAUCAGCCUCAUCUACAUCCACACAAAUCAGUACAACACAUAUAACUGAGCCAACAUCUACAACUGGAAGAACUACCAUAACAACAACUACUCCAGUAUCAACUUCCACAGGUACUACAGUCAUGGAAUCUACUACAACUCCAUGUAUAGUAUGUGAAUGGACUGACUGGAUCAAUGUGUAUGACCCAGUAAAAGGAGGUGGGGAUGAUUUAGAAACAUAUGAAAAUAUCAAGAAUGGUGGAAUCAAGAUAUGCGAACAUCCAAUAGAUAUUGAGUGCAGAAGUGUACAGAAUCCUCAUAUGUCACUGGAGGAGUUUGUACAAAGUACAGGCCAAGUUGUGCAUUGCAAUGUUUCAUUGGGUUUAGAGUGUGAAAAGAUGGAACAGACAUUUCGCCCCUACAAAUGUUUUGAUUAUGAAAUUAGAGUACGCUGUUGUAGAGAAUGUGAUUCAACUACACCUCCAAUUCCAAGUACAACAGUUGAAACUGAGCCGACAACUACAACUGGUACAACUACCGAAGCAACAACUACUACAGUAGUGCCAACAACUACAACUACAAUUUCAAGUACAACAGUUGAAACUGAGCCAACUUCUACAACUGGUACAACUACCGAAGCAACAUCUACUACAGUGGUGCCAACAACUACAACUCCAAUUUCAAGUACAACAGUUGAAAUUAAACCAACAUCUACAACUGGUACAACUACCGAAGCAACAACUACAACUACAAUUCCAAGUACAACAGUUAAAACUGAGCCAACAUCUACAUCUGGUACAACUACCGAAGCAACAACUACUACAGUGGUGCCAACAACUACAACUCCAAUUCCAAGUACAACAGUUGAAACUGAGCCAACAUCUACAACUGGUACAACUACCAAAGCAACAACUACUACAGUGGUGCCAACAACUACAACUCCAAUUCCAAGUACAACAGUUGAAACUGAGCCAACGUCUACAACUGGUACAACUACCAAAGCAACAACUACUACAGUGGUGCCAACAACUACAACUCCAAUUCCAAGUACAACACAUAUAACUGAGCCAACAUCUACAACUGGAAGAACUAGCAUAGCAACAACUACUACAGUGGUGCCAACAACUACACCUCCAAUUCCAAGUACAACAGUUAAAACUGAGCCAACUUCUACAACUGGUACAACUACCAAAGCAACAACUACUACAGUGGGGCCAACAACUACACCUCCAAUUCCAAGUACAACAGUUGAAAGUAGCACAACAUCCAAAACUGGACCAACAUCUACCACUAAAACAACCACCAAAUCAACAACUACUACAGUAGUGCCAACAACUACAACUCCUAUACCAAGUACAACAGGUAAAACUGAGCCAACUUCUACAACUGGUACAACUACAAGCAACAACUACUACAGUGGUGCCAACAACUACAACUGCAACAACUACUACAGUAGUGCCAACAACUACAACUGGUACAACUACAAGCAACAACUACAACUCCUAUACCAAGUACAACAGUUAAAACUGAGCCAACAUCUACAACUGGUACAACUACAAGCAACAACUACUACACUGGUGCCAACAACUACACCUCCAAUUCCAAGUACAACAGUUGAAACUGAGCCAACAUCUACAACUGGAAGAACUACCAUAACAACAACUACUACAGUGGGGCCAACAACUACAACUCCAAUUCCAAGUACAACAGUUGAAACUGAGCCAACAUCUACAACUGGUACAACUACCAAAGCAACAACUACUACACUGGUGCCAACAACUACAACUCCAAUUUCAAGUACAACAGUUGAAACUGAGCCAACGUCUACAACUGGUACAACUACCAAAGCAACAACUACUACAGUGGUGCCAACAACUACAACUCAAUUCCAACCAACAACUACAACUCCUAUACCAAGUACAACACUUGAAAGUAGCACAACACCUGAAGCUGGGCCAACAUCUACCACUGGAACAACCACCAAGUCAACAUCUACAACUCCUAUACCAAGUACAACAGUUGAAAGUAGCAAAACACCUGAAACUGGGCCAACAUCUACCAUUGGAACAACCACCAAAUCAACAACUACUACAGUAGUGCCAACAACUACAACUCCUAUACCAAGUACAACACUUGAAAGUAGCACAACACCUGAAGCUGGGCCAACAUCUACCACUGGAACAACCACCAAAUCAACAACUACUACAGUAGUACCAACAACUACAACUCCUAUACCAAGUACAACAGUUGAAAGUAGCACAACAAAUGAAACUGGGCCAACAUCUACCACUGGAACAACCACCAAAUCAACAACUACUACAGUAUCACCAACAACUACAACUCCUGUACCAAGUACAACAGUUGAAAGUAGCACAACACCUGAAACUGGGCCAACAUCUACCACUGGAACAACCACCAAAUUAACAACUACUACAAUAGUGCCAACAACUACAACUCCUAUACCAAGUACAACACUUGAAAGUAGCACAACACCUGAAACUGGGUCAACAUCUACCACUGGAACAACCACCAAAUCAACAACUACUACAGUAGUGCCAACAACUACAACUCCUAUACCAAGUACAACACUUGAAAGUAGCACAACACCUGAAGCUGGGCCAACAUCUACCACUGGAACAACCACCAAGCCAACAACUACAACUCCUAUACCAAGUACAACAGUUGAAAGUAGCACAACACCUGAAACUGGGCCAACAUCUACCACUGGAACAACCACCAAAUCAACAACUACAGUAGUGCCAACAACUACAACUCCUAUACCAAGUACAACAGUUGAAAGUAGCACAACACCUGAAACUGGGCCAACAUCUACCACUGGAACAACCACCAAAUCAACAACUACUACAGUAGUGCCAACAACUACAACUCCUAUACCAAGUACAACAGUUGAAAGUAGCACAACACCUGAAACUGGGCCAACAUCUUCCACUGGAACAACUACCAAACCAACAACUACUACAGUAGUGCCAACAACUACAACUCCUAUACCAAGUACAACACUUGAAAGUAGCACAACACCUGAAACUGGGCCAACAUCUUCCACUGGAAUAACUACCAAAUCAACAACUACUACAGUAGUACUUACAACUACAACUACUAUACUAAGUACAACAGUUGAAAGUAGCACAACACCUGAAACUGGGCCAACAUCUACCACUGGAACAACUACCAAAUCAACAACUACCACAGUAGUGCCAAAAACUACAACUACUAUACCAAGUACAACAGUCGAAAGUAGCACAACACCUGAAGCUGGGCCAACAUCUACCACUGGAACAACCACCAAAUCAACAACUACUACAGUAGUGCCAACAACUACAACUCCUAUACCAAGUACAACAGUUGAAAGUAGCACAACACCUGAAACUGGGCCAACAUCUACCGCUGGAACAACUACCAAAUCAACAACUACUACAGUAGUGCCAACAACGACAACUCCUAUACCAAGUACAACAAUUGAAAGUAGCACAACACCUGAAGCUGGGCCAACAUCUACCACUGGAACAACCACCAAGCCAACAACUACAACUCCUAUAACAAGUACAACAGUUGAAAGUAGCACAACACCUGAAACUGGGACAACAUCUACCACUGGAAGAACUUCCAAAUCAACAACUACUACAGUAGUGCCAACAACUACAACUCCAAUACCAAGUACAACAGUUGAAAGUCGCACAACACCUACGGUAUCAACAACGCAACAAACACCGACUCCACCUUCAGGAAGUACAACAACUGAAACUGAGUCAACAACUACCACUGGAACAACCACCAAACCAACAACUACUCCAUUCGUUACAACACCGACCCCAUCUACUGAAAGUUCAACAACAGAGUGUUUCUGCAUAAUAAAUGGAAAGCAAUAUAAACCAGGAGAAAAAAUAUUUGAAAAUUUUGACCUUGGCUCAGGUAUAUGUUUGACCAUGAUUUGUUCUAAUAGUUGUGUAAUAUUUAACACAACAACAAUAUGUCCUACAACACCACCACCACCACCACCUCCAGAAAAGAAUUGCACCGAAUGGGGAGUAUCUGAAAAUCAGACGUUCGAACUCUGUAACUGCACAAUAGCCAGGUGCAUUGAAAACAAUACUAUUGAGAUCCUCCCAUACGAAUGUCCACCUCUUCAAAACAUCACUUGUUCAAAUGGAAAAACACCCAUCUUGACGUCUGAUGAAUAUCACUGCUGCCAUCAACGUGUUUGUGACUGUUUUUGUGAAGGCUGGGGUGAUCCUCACUAUAGAACAUUUGAUGGACUGUUCUAUAGUUAUCAAGGAGAAUGCACGUAUGUUUUAAUGGAAGAAAUCUCUGCUAAGCACAAUUUAAAAAUUUACAUCGAUAAUGUCAAUUGCGACCCGGUUGAAGCUGUGUCCUGCCCGAGAGCUAUCAUUGUGUCCUACAAUGGUCUGGUGUUCACGCUGAAAAACCACAACCUUAUUGGAGCUGCGAAGCUAGAGGCUUUACUUGGGCGGACUACUCUGAAAUUACCAUUUGAGAAAAGGGGUGUGAGGGUGGUGAGCUCAGGAUUGAAUUUGAUCCUGGAGAUUUCACGUCUGAACGUUGUGGUGAUGUUUGGAGUCACUGGUUUUAGCGUUAACUUGCCAUUCCAUCAUUUUGGAAACAACACUCAAGGACACUGUGGUACCUGCAACAACAACCAGGCUGAUGACUGCAUGCUACCAGGAGGAAAGCUUGUAAAAGACUGUGCAGUAAUGGCAAACCAUUGGCAAGCUAAGGACCUGUUCAACCUUGAAUGCAAACCGCCACCAGUGGUUCCAGAAACAGCUGUACCAACAAAACCUCCUUGUCCAAUCAACACAGUGUGUGAGCUUAUGAAAAGCGAUUUGUUUAAGAAAUGUCAUGCCCACCUCUCCCCUGAAAACUACAUCACUGGCUGCCAGUUUGACAGUUGUCAUAUGAGCAACCCAGCUGUAGUCUGCACCAGCCUUCAGACCUACGCAAUCGCUUGCUCACAACUUGGUAUCUGCAUCAACUGGAGGAACCACACUGAUCAAUGCACUGUGACCUGUCCACCAGACAAAGUAUACCAACCUUGCGGACCUGCCGACCCCCCGACCUGCAAGGACAGGCCUGAAGACCAUUUCCUGAAUGUGACUACUGAGGGUUGUUUCUGUCCUGAUGGCAUGCACCUCUUUAGUAAAGAGUCAGGGGUGUGCGUUAAAAAGUGUGGAUGCUUGGACCCCUCAGGUGAAGGACGAGAGUUUGGAGAAGAGUUCCAGUACGGUUGUCAGGUCUGCGUCUGUGACGAGGUGUCUGAGUCCGUCAUCUGUAAACCAAAGCAGUGCAAUACCAACCAAGUGAUUUGCAACGAACCGGGAAUGAUUGUGGUCAACGUCACAGAUCCGACAGAUUCCUGUUGCACUAUUCUUACCUGCCACUGUGACAGCAGCACCUGUCCCAGCGUGAACGAUCAGUGUCCAAUCGGAUACAUUCCUGUUCUGAAAGUGCCUGAAGGGAAAUGCUGCCCUGAAUUCACAUGUGAGCCAAAGAAAGUUUGUGUCCAUAAAGGACUGGAAUAUGAGCCUGGUACUUCAAUCCCGGUAGUUGAUUGCCAGGAGUGUACGUGCACCUGGACUGUGGAUUCGAAAACACAACUCUACAAAGUCCAGUGUGGAUUCGUGACUUGCAAUGAGAUAUGUGAACCAGGAUACACGUAUGUCGAAUCAAACACCGAAUGCUGUGGAAAAUGCGUAAAGACCAAAUGCAUCCUCAACCACAAUGGGACACUACACACAUUGAAGAGUGGAGCAGAAUGGAGUCCUCCAAAUGAUUCUUGUAACAAGUACAUCUGCACAUUGAUUGAUGGAGAAUAUGUUGCCACUAGCUACACGAUCCAGUGCCCACCAUUCAAUAUCGCCAACUGCCAGGCUGGUACCUUGCAGCUUUCUGCUAAUCGCUGCUGCCCAGUGUGUGUGGAGAAGGACAAGGGAUGUAAAGUACAGACCACUAUUGAUUACAUCAGUCACAACAACUGCCGCUCAAAGACCACAGUGCCUCAAACACACUGUCAGGGACAUUGUAACAGCUACAGCCAGUACACGGAGUUUGGCUCUUCGUCCUGUAGCUGUUGCCAAGCGAGCCGUACCAGUAACCGCACAGUGAGUCUGGACUGCCUAAAUGGAGAUUCAAUAUCCCACACCUACUUCCAGGUGGAGGCAUGCAGCUGUGGCCAGACUAAGUGUCUGUCAAGCACCCAGGACACACAGCCUUACAUAGUAGAUACUCGCCGGAAACGCAGCUCCAGGAUCCCCUAAAGAUGUCCUGUGACAACUAUAACAUAAAAACACAAGUCACAAAGAACUCCUUAUUUAACAAUUUUUCUCAAAGAUAGUCAGAAAAGCUUUUAAGUGCUUCAUGAUGAUUGUUUUCCAAUGAUUGCUUUACUUCUAUUUUAAGUAUAUAUUUAGCUUUUAAAUAAAGUGCAAUUUCAAAAGA